AUGCCCGCCGCGCUGCCCAGCCUGCUGGCCUGGCUGGCGGUGCUGCUGCUCGGCAGGGCCCGCCCGGCCGACGCCUGCAGCUGCUCGCCCAUCCACCCGCAACAGGCCUUCUGCAACGCGGACGUAGUGAUCCGAGCAAAGGCUGUCUCUGCGAAAGAGGUGGAUUCGGGGAACGAUAUAUACGGGAAUCCGAUCAAACGAAUCCAGUAUGAAAUCAAGCAGAUCAAGAUGUUUAAGGGCCCCGACAAGGACAUAGAGUUCAUCUACACGGCUCCGUCCACUGCCGUGUGCGGCCGGCUGCUGGACACCGGCGGGAAGAAGGAGUAUCUCAUUGCAGGCAAGUCAGAGGGCAAUGGCAAGAUGCACAUCACACUCUGCGACUUGGUCUCCACCUGGGACUCGCUGAGCCCGACCCAGAAGAAGAGCCUAAACCAGCGGUACCAGAUGGGCUGCGAGUGCAAGAUCUCGCGCUGCCUCUCCAUCCCCUGCUUCGUCUCCUCCUCGGAUGAGUGUCUCUGGACAGACUGGGCGAUGGAGAAGAACAACGUGGAUGGGCGGCAGGCAAAGCACUAUGCUUGCAUCAAGAGGAGCGACGGUUCAUGCGCCUGGUACCGUGGCAUGGCCCCCCCCAAGCAAGAGUUUCUCGACAUCGAGGACCCCUAAGCCAAAUGAGCGCAUUCCAGUAGCCAGUAGAAAAAAACCUGCGAGAUGUUAGACUGGUCCACGCUGAUAUCAAUUCCUGGAGACAGCAUGAAAAUCCGCUCAGCCGCGGGGGGUCCCCAGGCUGCAGCACCUGCCACGUGCGUGCAGGCACCUGGCAGCCCGUGGCCACGCUGGG